GUAAUAGGAACCUUUUUGCACCGGUGCUUUCCCAGCGCCCCGAUCUGCCCAAGUCCUCGACUCGUCGCGCGCCGCGCUCCUUGUUGGGCUCGAAGGCAACUUGCCGUCGUCUGGGGUUCUCACUGCCACCGCGCCUGAGCUCCCUAAAAGAGGGAGGUCUACCCGGUGUUUUGCUUCAAGCUCCUAACAUCACACGGGGCUUUCCUUUGAGCCUCGCACCGUUUCCUUUGCUCCAUGCGCCUAUGACGAGGCUUUGGCGGCUUUGGCCUUUGCUCUGGCUUUAUGCGAAGGCGCAGAGGAAUGGACGGAAGCAUCGCUUGAUGCGGUCUCAGGAGCAGCUCGCAGCAGUGGCGGUUGACGAGUCAGGAGGCGUGGAAUGCACCUGGAGUGAUUGGAGUGCCUGGUCCUAUUGCUCGGCCUCCUGCGGUGAGGGCCUUCAAACGCGGAAGCGCUGGGUCGCCAUUGCCGCGCAGGGCGGUGUGCAAAACUGCGACGGCAGCAGCGAGCAGCGCCAGAGCUGCGAAACGCCCUGUGCGCCCGGCGUGCAGUGUCAUUGGGAUGUUUGGCAGGACUGGUCCGAAUGCACAGCCUCCUGUGGAGGUGGCUGGCACCAACGGGUGCGGGCCCUCUCGGCCAGCUCCAACCGCACAGAGUGCAACAUGGCCGCUGGACACCAGGAGGAGCCCUGCAGGGAGACGCCCUGUGUCAGCUGUUGGUCCGAAUGGUCUACCUGCAGUCAGAGCUGCAGCGGCCUGCGGACCCGCCGCAAUAAGGCCAGUUGCCCCUCAGCCAGCCAAGAAGAGCUUUGCAACGUUGAGGCCUGUGACUGCGUGCUCAGCGACUGGAGCGAGUGGGGCCUUUGCAGCGGACCGUGCUACGAGGGCCAGGCGGUGUCCAAGCGCACGCGGACUCCCCAAGGUCAGUCAAAUUGCGGCUCGGAACAGCUCCAAGAGGAGAAGAGCUGCGAUUGCGUGGCGUCAGUGGUCAGUGCCAGUGUGACUGUGACCACCACAUCAGAGGGUCCCAUCGACUGCGUCUGGGCCAAGUGGGAGAGCUGGGAGGCGUGUACGGCCAGCUGUGGGUCUGGCACCCACACGCGCAGCCGCUCGCUCGCCACCCACGCCAACAACCUGGGCCGAGACUGUGCCGGGGAGGAUCGACAAGUGCAAUCCUGCAAGGGCGAGGAGUGCCCCAGUUGCAGCACCUCGGAUUGGAGCGACUGGUCGCCGUGCACGGGGCCCUGCUCCUACUUCAGCUCACGCUCCAUCCGCGUGCGCGAGCCACUCCAGCAAGGCAUUUGUGACCAGAGCCUGGAGGAAGAGAGAGCCUGCAGCUGUGACGAGCAGGUGAGUGGCACCACUGGCGCACCGGGCUCGAAUGCUUCGGUGCACCUCCAUUCGGGCGAGGAGGUGCCGAUUGAUUGCCAGUGGGCCGACUGGCACGAGUGGGAGGCGUGCACCAAAAGCUGCAACAAGGGGAUCACUCAUCGCACCCGAGACAUCCUCCGCCCGGCCAACUCCUUGGGAGCGGAAUGUUUGGGUGAGACCCGACAAACGGCCAACUGCCAUGAAGAGCCAUGCCCCUGUGAUUUGGGGCCCUGGUCAGACUGGAGCAACUGCGCCGGUGACUGUGCCGGCCAAGCAGACCGUGCUGUACGGACGCGUGAAGUGCUGGAGAAGGGGAAUCAAAGUCAUUGCAUUGAAGUUCUUGAGCAGGAGAAGGCCUGCGCUUGCACUCAACCGUCGGCAGACGGUGACGACGACACGAUGACUGCAGCAGAUCUCCGUGCACAGAACCUGGCCGGUGGCACCGGAAGCAGCCAGGAGUCCAACCCGGACGACCGCCGAGUCUCCGGCGCUUUGGAGUUGGAGCUGCCGGACCCGGUCACCUUCUCUUCGGACCCGGCGGCCGAGACCGCGGCUCAGGCAGCUAUCUCCGAGCUGGUUGGCCAGAGUGGGACGGACCUGUCAACCCUGGCAGUGUCGCUGAUGCCAGCGGUGAAUCAAAACCACACCGUGGACUGUUGGUACAGUCUGGUGCUCCCCGAAGCGGAGGCCCUGGCGGUCGCCGGUCGACUGCACGGCGUGGAGACGAGCGAGGCCACUCAGCACCUAGGUGCCGAGCUCCUGCGCUUGGGCCUCUCGAGCAGCGUGACGGUGAAAGGCAUCACAGCCACCGUGACCUCCACCCGCACCUGACUGGGGUCGCUCUGGGGAGGACCGCGGAGGACAGCGGAAGAACGGAAUUCGGCUUGGGAGUCCCUCGGAGAGCUUUCUGGUUGCACCUUUGCGACAUUGGGUGGAAGUAGCGAGAUUGGGUCGGCAGGAACUUGGAGUCUGGGCAUCCUCAUCGGUCGAAGUGGUAAGAGCGAGGGUUCAGUGUUUUUAAUGUUGUAACAUUGGAUGACCUGGGGAGAUAACUUUAUCAUAUCUAGAUGAUGGUUUCGGAUAUUUUUAUGUUCAACCCUUCCUUGGGGAUGAUUGGACCCUCUGACUAAUAUUUGUUUAAGUGGGUUGAAAAGACCAACCAGAUAUUGUUUUGGUUGUUUGUUACCGCUGUUCAUUUAUUUGGGGCUUCUGGUGCAUGUCAUUGUGCUGAUCUUCCGAGCUAGUGCUCAGCAGCAGCUGAUUUGUGGUACAUGAUUCAUGUAUUUAGUGCUCAGCAUUUGCUCCACGUUAGGCUUGGGGAUUCAAGUCUUUGAUCAA